CUUUCGUGUGAAGCUCGUCGUUUGACACUUGAUCUUUCGAGAUGUUUCGAGGCGACUUCGAAUUCUUUAAAAAGAAAUAAACGUCACGCACGAAUUACAGAGAAGCGGAUAUUGCAGUGUUCAUGAACGCCAUUGAGUCGGCAGGGGUGCCGUUAGUUGCAUAUCACGAAGAACAGUUAAAUUGCAACCGCACUGACCGCUCGUCCCCAAUGUCCCCAAUAUUCUUCCUUGCGGCGAGUGCGGCGUCCGCCGUUGAACGGAUCGCGAUAUAAACGUCAGAUUCUAACGUAGCAAACCGCGAUAAAUUCUGAUAGGUGAUAACGUCAUCUUACGACGCAACAAUUGCGAAACAUAACAUCUUUUAAUUUGACGAAUUGGCGAGGAGAAGGGAGAGAGUAGUGAUAUCGUCUUGGAAGGAUUGAUAUUGACAUUGCACAUUGCAACAGUGACAUUCAAGACGGCCGAGGCUUCGAAGUUCAAGAAAGCGUACCGGAGAGAUGGGCUACCUAAAGUCAAUUGGCACCGUCAUCAUCUACAUCGGCUUGAUUCUAACCGUAAUCACGUUCAUACCCGGUCUACCACCAGAGACAGAGUUCGCGGAGUACAGUAUAACACCACCGCGUCAAUUGGAUUCCAAGGUAGGCCCAAAAAAUCGGCUGAACGGCAUUCAGAAGCUGUUCAAUGGCGAAAUCCAUGCGCCAGAGAGUUUUGAUUCCUAUAACGGACAGCUCUACACUGGUAUCCAUGGUGGUUAUGUCAUCAGGAUCGAGGAGGAUCGCAUUGUGCCGAUUGUCAAGUUCGGCGAGAAAUGCGAUGGCAUUUGGCAAGAACACAAAUGUGGAAGACCAUUGGGAUUAAAGUUUGAUAAGAAAGGCAAUUUAUAUGUAGUGGACAGUUAUUACGGAAUUUUUCAAGUAAACGUUGCAACCGGAGAGUAUAAAAAUAUAGUGAACAUUACUAAACCAAUUGAUGGAAAAGUCCCACGGAUACCAAAUAGCAUAGAUAUUGCAAAAAAUGGAGACAUUUACUGGACUGACAGUAAUACAGAUUUUGCACUUUAUGAUUUAGUAAUGACAUUUCUAACGAAUCCAUCGGGAAGGCUUAUACGUUAUAAUGCAGCUAAGAAGGAAAACGAAAUAUUGAUACGAAAUAUUGCAUUCGCAAAUGGUGUUAUAUUAAGUGAUGACGAAAGUUUCGUACUUGCGACAGAAACAGGAAAGAAUCGUAUUAUGAAAUAUAAUUUGAGAGGAUCAAAGGCAGGACAGCACGAGAUUUUUAUUGAUGGAUUACCGGGUAUGCCGGACAAUAUUCACAGCGAUGGUCAUGGUGGUUUCCUUCUUUGUUUGAUCGUUGCUGAUGACCCUGAUCAUCCUCAGAUUUUUCAAUCUCUCGCACCACAUCCCUAUUUGAGAAAAAUGUUGGUACGGUUGGCAAUGACGAUGGAAUUGCCAUUUAAACUAUUAAAUGACGUGUAUCCUAAUCCCUGUACUGAGAGAAUUUUACAUGCAAUCGGAUCAUAUCAAGGCAUAGACUUUUUAAGUAAUCCAAAGGAGAAAAGUUUAGUGUUAAGAAUAGAUGCAUCUGGUAAUAUUAUUGACAUCCUUACUGCAGACGAUGGUUCAGCUCGUCGUAUAAGUUCAGCUUAUAUACACAAUGGCUUUUUGUGGUUGGGCUCUCCGUUUCAAAACUGUGUAGGCAGAGUCCCGUUGAAACAAGCUUUCCCUGAUUUAGCUGAUAGUGCAAAACAAUCUUCUCAUAUAAGGAGUGAAAAGCAAUCGCCGAACGUCGCUGCUCCUAAUGUAAAGACAGAAAGAGUAAAACGAGACGCGGAUUCUACGACAGUAAAACCGAUCGAGUUGAACAGAGCUUCCCAGACAACGCCUAAACCAACUGCUGCUCCCACAACCACCACACCUAAGCCAAAAACCACUGCUACGUCAAAACCAUCUCCAAUUCCUAAAACGGAUAAAUCUACAGCUACAGCUAGCAAUGUGAAACCAUCGGAAACUAAAUCAUCUACGAAUGCCGAAGCAAAAAAGGACAAUGCAAAAACAGUUGAUGCGAAAUUGAAUUCCCCAAAGUCCGAAAAGAGCAAUAAAAAAGAGGAUGCAAAGACACAAUCCGAAAAGAAAGUAAAAGUAGAGCAGAAUGCUUCUGUAAAACAAACAGAGCAAAAAUCACAAUCCGAAAAAGUUAAACAGGAAACAAACCGUCCGAAAGACGACCUGUAAUUAAAAAAAUUAAUAAACUAUAAUAUAUUUGUGAUACCACCAACACUUGUUGAACGGUACACUUCAUAUUUUUCAGACAUUCCAUUAAAAGGGAAAAACAGAUUUAUAGAUUAACGAUUUCUCAUCUCUUUGCUUAUGCGUUUAUAUCAUCCACGUUGUUAUAUUCGAAUAUAUGUGUUAUGCGUAUGCGAAUAUACGUAUACAAGUUACGUAUAUACGAAUUAUAUGAUCUAUUACAGGUGCUGAUUGCAAAAAGUUUUACAAAAAAUAAGUUGAUCAAAAUAAU